AUGGCCGCCGUUCUCUCGCCGCAGACCACGUCGACCUCUCCACCGACGCAGCUCCCACCACGCGCCUCCCCUCCACCAAAUACCAGACUACCUACACUUCCCCCACUGGUAACCUCACCAUCUCAACAGCCAGCCAAUACACCUCGCAGGCCGUCCUACGCCAACAGGCGCCUGUCCGCCUUUUCCAACACCUCUGCGGCCUCCCGCUCGCGGCCACAAUCCACAGUCUUCCCCAUCUUCCACUCCAGCCUCAGCUACACACUCGUCCAAGACUUUGCCUACUCGCCCGACAACCCGCUCUUCUACGGGCCCCUUCCCGAGCAGUCCCCCGAAGCAUCGACGCCCGCGAGCGAAUACCACAGGCGGCUGUCGGACCCCCCGCCGCGAUGGGACAAGCAGCAGGGGCAGUGGUCCGCGCCGUCGUGGGUCGCAAGCACAGGGGAGCAGCUGCCACCAACAUACUUUGGCGACGGGCCGCCGUACGCCGAAGACGAGGACAUCCACUCCCCCGUCGUGACGAGCGCGAAACACAAGAAGCAGAAAUCAAACUACGUAAGCUUCGACAGCGCGCGGGGCCGCACGCGCGAGUUCCACGAGGGGGGCCGAAGAGGUAGCUACACCGGCACAAACGGCGACGGCAGCCGCAUCUUCUACGACGAGGGACCGGACGACGUGGCCGGCGGGCCGGGCGGGGAAUACAUCACCUACGACGCGGAGCCCGCAUCACACUCCCUCCACCCCCCCUCCGGAACAGAUACAAAGCGCGACUCACACUUCGCGACCACGCUCCCUAACCGCUCGUAUCCGCAGCCCCAGCACCACCAAAACCACACCCACGCGCUCCACUCCUCCAAUUCUCCGUCCCCGAGUCCGACAUCAUCUGAAGCCUCCGACGACGAUCCGGAUUUGACGUCUCCAACUGGCCUGCAUCCUCCCUCUGCGCUGCACGCCUCCCGCUUCAGCCGCGACUACCAGUUCACCAUCGCGUCGCCGGACGAGGAAAUGCACGGCAAAGCCGUCGCGCUCUACGAUUUUACUCGCGAAAACGAAAACGAGCUCCCGCUCAUUGAGGGCCAAGUCAUUCUCGUGUCUUACCGCCACGGGCAGGGCUGGCUUGUUGCACAGGAUCCGCGGACGGGGGAGAGUGGGCUCGUGCCGGAGGAGUAUGUCCGGUUGCUAAGGGAUAUUGAGGGCGGGUGGGGGGGUUGGGCUGGGGUGGGUGCAGGGGGAGAGGAGGGGGUGGAGGGGGAGGUGGGGGAGUACUAUACGCCGGUUGUGAGUAGCUUUAGUACGAGUAGUCGGGACUUGGAGCCGUGGGCUGGGGUGGGGAAGCAGGUCGUGCCGGGGGAGGCGGAUGCUGUGCCGAAGGACGGGGAGGAAAAAGUGGAGGCGGAGGGACGGAGAGCUGGAGGGGAGCAGCAGGAUGAGGAACAGCAUGCGCGGCAAGCGAGACGAAGAAUGGGAAGCCAGAAGGAUGGAUGA